AUGCGCAGUUUAAAGAAAACCUCCACCACGCGCCGGCCGCAGACCCUCGUUGACGAGCUGCAAGCGAACUCAGGCGUGUACACCGCACUGAACACGGCUCGCGACCUCAAAAACAGUCGGACAAGACACGCAAAGCAGCAGCGUAAACAGGAGCGGCAGGGGGCCAAACAGCGCAAGGCCCAGUUCUUUUCCGCUGCUUCACAGCAAGCACAAACCGCCCCCAAACAACAGCAGUCCGCUACCAAAUCAAAACGCCCCUCUGACGAUGCAGAGCACGCUGACUCUCCGCCCAAGAAGAAGGCCCGUGUCGAGCCCGAGCACCCCGUCCCUGUCGUAGCCUCGAGUCACGUACCAAAAAGUCAAAAGGAGAAAGAAGAGGACGCGUAUAUUGCGUAUCUGGAGGGCAAACUUGGCUAUGACAAGAAAAAGAAGGGAAAGAAGGAGGACGAUGGGCUUGACGAUUUGUUUGACUUUACGGAGUCAUUGGGAAUUCUAGGAGACGAUGGAAUAUCGGACGAAAUCUCUGAGGAGGAGGAAAAUUACAUCGAAGAAGAGGUCGAAGCAAGUCAAGAUGGUAAUGACGAAGAUGAAGAGGAAUGGGGCGGAAUCAAUCAAGAAGACAAUGAUACUAACGAGGACCAAGACGACGACGAAAGCAUCGUUGACGAGGUUGAAUCAGCGUCAAAGCCGUCUACUAGCACGACCUACGUUCCUCCUCAUCUACGAAAGCAGUCCCAAAAUGUAUUGGAGUCUGAGGUCCAACUUAAACUCACGAGACAAUUGAAGGGUCAACUCAACAGAAUGACCGAACAAAACAUUGCUUCCAUCCUGGACAGCAUCGAGGACAUAUACCGUAAGAACCGACGAAACGACGUUACGACGACGCUCACGACUCUCAUUAUCGAUGGCAUCUCGUCCCAUUCUUCAUUACUUGACUCGUUUGUUGUCCUCUAUGCCGCAUUCGUCUCGAGUCUGCACAAAAUCAUUGGCAUUGAAUUCGCCGCCCACUUCGUGCAGAGCGUCGUUUCUGCUUAUGAACAGCAUUAUACCGGCGUAGAAGCACUAGACGCUAACCCCGAAGCCCCCGCACCAAAAGAAUGCUCGAACUUGAUCGUACUCAUAUCAGAACUCUACAACUUUCAGGUCAUUUCCUGUGUUCUUGUCUAUGACAUUAUCCGCGGUCUCUUGGAAACGGAAUUGACUGAAUUCAAUGUCGACCUGCUGCUCAAAAUCGUGCGCAAUUCGGGCCAGCAACUUCGACAAGACGACCCCUCGUCAUUGAAGGACAUUAUUCAGAUUGUGCAGAGCAAAAUCUCUGAUCACACAGAAACACUGAGCUCUCGCACGCGGUUCAUGGUCGAGACACUGUCAAAUCUCAAGAACAACAAAGUCAAGCGGAACGUUACGCUAAAUCAAGGCUAUGAUGCGGUCGAGCGGAUGAAGAAGUUUCUCUCCGGGUUGGGCAAGAACAGACAUGUCAUGGCGCACGAACCGCUCCGCGUCUCUUUACAGGACCUCCAUUCCGCAGAAAGGAAGGGCAAGUGGUGGUUGGUCGGAGCUGCCUGGGGAGGCGAUCCACUUGUCGAAGCGGCCGCGGCAAAAGAACCUGCAAGAGCAAGAGAAGAACUCGGAGACAACGCGCUGUUAAAGCUCGCCAGGAAACAGGGCAUGAACACCGACAUCCGACGAAGCGUGUUUGUGGUCCUAAUGAGCUCGGAUGACUACGUUGAUGCCUGUGAACGACUUUCGCAGCUGAACUUGACCGAGGUUCAACAGCGGGAGAUUGUGCGGGUGUUGUUGCACUGUUGUGGCAAUGAAAAGACGUACAACCCCUACUACACCCUUGUGGCGCAACAUCUCUGCCGCUCUUCGCAUUCGUAUAAGAUCACGCUGCAGUUCUGCCUGUGGGACUUUCUACGGGAUCUCGGGGAGGUCAACGUCGGCGGUGCAGAAAUCAUGAAGAAUCUAAAGGACAAUGAAGACGGUUUCGAUGUGAAAAAUAUCUCGAGCUCGCGCAUGCGGAAUGUUGCCCGGGCUUACGCUUGGUGGAUCGCGAAAGACUGCCUCACGCUCGCUAUACUGAAGCCAGUUGACUUUACGACGCUCAAGUCGCAGUCCACCGCCUUUCUCAGGGAGCUCUUCGUCCAGCUCUUCGUGUGCAGCCAGACUUCGACACCGCUCGCUGACAUCAAUGCAUUGCCAGCCACUCGUAAUCGUAGUUCGGUCGAGGAAAUCUUCAUCAAGGCCACACGGAUCGAGACGCUGGCGAUAGGGCUUGCGUAUUUCCUCACAGAGACGCUGCAAAGUGAGAGCGACGUUGUUCAGUGGGCUUGCGGGGUUGCCAAAGACACAUUGCGGACAGGUGUAGACUUUAUUCCGUCAUUGUAG